AUGAUCGCCCUCUGUCCUCGCGCCUGGGCCGUGACUGUGCUUCUUUUGACAAUCGUACAUCCGGCCAUAUCUCGUCCUAUACAAUUAUCGCCAUGGGCGGAGAGUCACGACAUUAGUGAUUCAAAUAUACAAGACACGCGAAUACCCUACGAUGAAGGGAGAAGUCUUUCGUCUCUCGAGUCAGCACAGGCCAAAUUUAAAUUGUCGAACUCAGUCAACAGUGACCCAGCCAUUGAGGGCGAAGAACUUGACAACUCAUAUACUCCGGGUGACGAUGUUCCCACCAAACCAGUUGUAUCAGUCCUGAUCCCAGUUUCACCCAACUCGAUCAACCUAGACCAAGUCUACGGCAAGGACGAUCAAAUUAGACAUGAUCCAAUCAAUGUGGUCGAAGUGACGAGCAAGAAAUACGGCCAAAUGCUGGGCCGCCCGAAAACACCAUAUGAUGCGAUUCAUAGUUACGAGUCGGAAUUCUACUCGGCUUCGACACCGAGAUAUUCGUCCGGUCACUACAUUUCGUUUCUCUCUUAUCGUGUUUCCAUCCCUCUUUUGAAACUAUUUCCCGCAUCUUUCCCAGCAUACCCGCUCCCGGGUAUUUUUACCACAGUUGUGGUUCUUCUCGCCUUGGUGUGGGUUGCGAUUUUGACAAUCGGGCUGGUCGAGUUUGGGAACUAUUUGUGGAACAGUCGUGAUGAGGUGGGUGAGGCAGGGCAGAACACAGUUCAAGAUGGAUUUGGGGAUGAUAAUGAAGAGCAUGAACUUGCUGAACGUGGAGAAUUGUCGAAACUACCUCUACAUUCGGUUGGAUUUCCUAUGCCAGUGGCAGAGAGUCCCGAUGACGAGGGCUCACUUUUGAUCUCAGGCAGCUUGGACACAGAAUUGGAUUCGAGGUCUGAUGAUCAUGGAGUAUCUGGAGUCAUUGCUUAUCCAGGUUAG